UGUCUCUCUUAUCCGUAUGCCUCUUUCAGCUCAUUGCUAUGGACAGUGCUAUUACCCUGUGGCAGUUCCUCCUCCAGCUCUUACAGGAGCCUCAGCACAAGCACAUGAUCUGCUGGACCUCUAACAAUGGGGAGUUCAAGCUUUUGCAGGCAGAAGAGGUGGCUCGUCUCUGGGGAAUUCGAAAGAACAAGCCUAAUAUGAACUACGACAAACUCAGCCGAGCACUCAGAUACUAUUAUGUAAAGAAUAUCAUAAAAAAAGUGAAUGGUCAGAAGUUUGUGUACAAGUUUGUCUCUUACCCAGAGAUCUUGAACAUGGACCCAAUGACGGUGGGCAGGAUUGAGGGAGACUGUGAAGCCCUAAGCUUCAGCGAAGUCAGCAGUGGCUCCAAGGAUGUGGAGAAUGGAGGGAAGGAGAAACCGCCUCAGCCUGGUGCCAAGACCUCUAGCCGCAACGACUACAUACACUCUGGCUUAUAUUCUUCAUUUACUCUCAACUCUUUGAACUCUUCCAAUAGGAAGCUGUUCAAAUCUAUAAAGAUUGAGAAUCCAGCUGAGAAAUUGGCAGAGAAAAAAUCUCAGGAGCCAACACCUUCUGUCAUUAAAUUUGUAACAACACCUUCUAAAAAGCCGCUAGGUGAAUCUCUUGGUGCCACCAUUUCAACCGGCCCAAGUAUUUCACCAUCUUCGGAGGAAACUAUCCAAGCAUUGGAGACUUUGGCUUCCCCCAAACCGCCUGCUCUGGAAGCCCCAAUCUCUGCCUCCAGCGUAGCUCCCGCUUUUACUGCCACACCUGUUCCGUCUGUGUCCCCUUCCUUGCAGGAGCCUCCUAGAACACCUUCACCACCGCUGAGUUCCAACCCAGACAUCGACACAGACAUCGAUUCUGUGGCUUCUCAGCCAAUGGAACUGCCGGAAAACUUGUCACUGGAGCCUAAAGACCAGGACUCAGCUUUGCCAGAAAAGGACAAAACAAAUAAUUCAUCCAGAUCCAAGAAACCCAAAGGGUUAGAGCUGGCACCCACCCUCGUGAUCACAGGCAGUGACCCAAGCCCACUGGGAAUAUUGAGCCCCUCUCUCCCGACAGCUUCUCUUACGCCAGCACUUUUUUCACAGACACCCAUCUUACUGACUCCGAGCCCCUUGCUCUCCAGUAUCCACUUCUGGAGCACUCUCAGCCCUGUUGCUCCCCUCAGUCCAGCCAGGCUGCAAGGUGCUAACACACUUUUCCAGUUUCCUUCUGUUUUGAACAGUCAUGGGCCAUUCACUCUUUCUAGCCUGGAUGGACCUUCCACCCCUGGCCCAUUUUCCCCAGAUCUGCAGAAAACAUAACCUAUGCACUGUGGAACGAGAGAGCCAAGGAAUAAAGAAACAGAGAUAUACAACAUGAUUACAUUUGAAGUGAGCGAUUGAUAGUUCCAUGAUGCUGAUAAUAGACUGUUGUGAUUUUUGCCAUUCCCCAUUCAAAUGCCUUUUUAAGAUUCCCUUUGAAUAAGAUUCAAGUUGGACUGUGUAUAAAAAUGCCUUAAUUGGAGUCCAAACUCCACUCCCAUCUUUUUCCUUCUUUUUUUGAAAGUAUUUCAAGCUUUGUGUUAAAGAAAAUUUUGGUGGGGUUUAGCAGCUAACUGCUUUUUGCAAGAGCACUUAAGAACAAAGUUACUCCUUCUGCCUUAUUGGGACCUUUUGGCCAGAAAAAAUGACGCUUUGAGUAUUUUAUUUAAAGAAAUAUUAGUUAAAUGAAAUCGGCCAUCUCUUUAGGACUAAGUACUCACUGUUGAAUAACUAAAAGGGAGCUGUGCUUAAGCAAUGGAGGAAAAAGAAUCGUUCCCAGUCAUAUAUAAGAAGGUUGAGCAGUACUAUUGGGGAGACUGUAUUUUGCUGUGAACUCUAACAUAUGUAAGCAAUUCUGCAAAAAGGUAUCUUAUUUACUUUUAUUCAAGGUGGGUCUCUCAGCCAUACAUGUGAUCUUGUCUGAACCUGUCAGUAGAGCCUAGGACAGUCUCUUUUUAAACGUGGGCUUUAAGACAGUGUUUGGACAAGCCAGGGAGAAUAUAGGAACUCCAUAUCUAGCACAGCAAUGUCGGCUGCUCUGUGGAAGGUAUGAUUAUACACCCAUGGAAUACAGUGUGGUAAAUGAUGGCUUUUAGGAGGAUGAACCUGGGUUUUGAAAUUUUGAGGCAUCUUUGAGUAAAAGAUUCAGUCAAAUAACUUGAAACAACAUGUGGGGCUUUUCCAAGUUAGAAAAAAGCCAGCAUGAAGGACCCUUUGCUUUUCUGUUCAUUUUCUACUAUAUAUUUAUCUUCUUUUAAAUUUAAGGUUGUGAGAGGUCACGAUAGUUUUGAAGAUGUAAUUAGGGAGGUGAAAAGCGAAGUGAAGCCUCCAAACCUAGGAGUUAAAAAUGUGCUUAUUUCUUUGAAUUUUUCUAUAUACUUUGGGAGGAGCAGAGUUCAUUUGGAAAUGCUCAUACAUAGAGAUUAGAUUGUUCAUAUUAGUAGUAAAAAAUUUAGGCCUUUUCUUCAGUAUUUCCAAAUUUAUAAAAUAUUACCAUAUGGUAAUCAAUGCCAGGUGCAGACAGCUUUGUUGGUUCCCCAAACUGAAUUGAUACCAAUAUUGCAGUGGGAUCUUUUGAAAAACUUGGCUUUAAAGUCCAGGAUUAGAGUAUAUGUGGCCACUACCCGCCCCCCCUCCCCCCACCGUGCCCAUUAAACUAGUCUUUUAACCCAAGAAAUAUAAUUGAAUCCUAUAACUGAAUCACAUGAACUAAGUGGAAUGAGGGAGUAAAGACUUGAGGGUUCAAAAUGGCACUGAUAAAAACCAGCAUCUUCCGGAUAUAUAACAUUCACUUUAAAUGUGUUUAUAUGCAAUGUGGAGAAGCUCUAGUAUAAGAUACCUGUGCUAGUUUAGUAGUAGCUGAGGGAAAUAUUCAGGGAGCUGCCUUUGAACUUGUAGUGUUGGAGACCUGUUACUACUUCAUCUGUGGUUCUCAGCUGAAGGAUCUGUUCCUGAGACGUGCAAUAGUAGUGUUGAAAACAGUGUUCAGUAGUGAUGCGGAACAGACUUACUGGACUUUCUUCCCAUGUCGAACCAUUUAGUUUGCAUGCCUGUUUGAAAUUAGACCUCUCAACAGCACUUUGGAAUAGUUUUAUUAGGUUAAUUAACAUUUUAUACAUUAAAUAAGUAAAUGUCGAUGGCUUGAUUUAAUUAGAUUUAAACAAUUUUUGGAAGUGCAAAAAAUAUUUUCUCUUUUGGAGGCAAAGCCAUUGGUUGUUUUCCCAGAUGAUAUCAUUACUAAUUAACUGUCUUAGCACAGGGGUGCGUGGAAAGCAAGGACAUCAUUAAAAUUCAGUCAAAGCAACUUCAUAGGAACAAGUUUCAGUGACUCCCGUGUCUAUAAACCUAUCCUGGAAGCUUCUGAGAGGUGUGGGCUUUAGGAGGGAGAUGAUGAUCUACUUUCUCUUUGAGAUCAAUUAAUCUGAGAAAAGUGUGUGUGUCUGUGUCUGUCUGUCUCUCUGUGUGCGUCCUUGUGCUUUUUUAAAUGAAAGUUUACAACCUUAGCCCAAUUGUAUGAGGCAGACCGUUCUAUUUGUAAACUACCUCCUUCCUGGAAAAGUCUCAGCUUCAUAUUUUUUUUGAGUACCCAUAGUUUUUAGCAUCCAAAGGUGACAUACCACUUGAGAUCAUUAUUCACUGGAGAGACUUAUAUUUGGUAGUUGUAGCUGGUGUCUGUCACUAAUUACUUUGCCAGGAUGAAUGCCGGUGGGCAAAAGUAGCCUAAGUUAAGAAAGGGGAGCAGGGUGAAUGAGCUUUUGCGACAUCUGAGAUUAUCUUAGCUUUCUAUCUAUUUCUGCUCAGUCAUAUGGUGGAAAAUGUUACUACCACCUCUCUGCAGGGGAAAAAAGCCCUUACAUGGUAGCGUUUGCUGAUUUCCAUGAUGUGAAAUACUCCCCCUGUGGCUGAUUUUAAGCCACAAUGACCUUGGAGUUGAGAAAGGAUGGGCACAGUUGGUAUACAGCGGUACCCACAGCCAGCAGACCCCUGCAUUUAUUCCACUCUAGGGUGAGUUGCCUCCCUAACUGCCACAUAAUUUCUAAAAUAUUUUUUUCUUGUUCAUAUAAUGAUUUUUAAAAAUACAGAAUUAAAAUUACAUGUCUGACUUGAAUAAUCUUUUUUUUCAUGGUCUGUCACAGUGCUUUUGUGAUGUAAUAUUCCUCCUGGCAUAUUUUGUGUAUUCAAACAAACGUAGAAACUUCCACUGAUUUAAAAAAAUAUACAUACAUGAUGGACGAAUCUAGAAACCCUCAAUAUUAAGCUUUUUAGAGUUAAAGUAUAGGUUUAAUUUUUCCACAUUUUGAUGGUUACAAAAUAGGUGUAAUUUUUUUUUCAUAUUUUGACGAAGAAAGUAUGUCCAUGAGCCUAUGUAGUAAAAGAGUACUGGAUUUAAAAAAAAAAAAAAAAACUGGAAGAAUUCCUUGAAGAUUUGCAUGCUAUAUUAGAGAUCAAAAAGGCAAGACUGGUUGUCGAAUCUAUUUACCUGGCACAUUUUCUAGUUUUCUCCAUACUAUGUGUCAGUUAGGCUUAGAGGGAAGAAUAAAUCAGAGUGUUGGAAUUCUGGAGCUGUAAUUGCAGGCCGUUGAUAGUAUCACUUCAGUUCCGUUCGCAUCCGGCAUGGCAUGAUGUUCAGUCUAACGACAUCGUUUCAUCCUGGUCUCAGAAUUUGUGUUAUGGUUCUAAAGUUCUAAAAGACAGUUCUAGUCAAUUUAGGCAUGUUAGAGACAUUCAUUGACAUUUCAGGAAAACAGUCUCCAAUCUUUUUGAACAUACACCUUGGUCAGUAAAAGUUUUUGAACACAAAUUCCCUACUUGCAAAUCCAUGUAUAUAUUUUAAGUUAUAUACCGUAAUACUAAAGUGAUAUGUGCAUUUAUACGACAUGCACAAAAAUAGAAAUACGAUGGCAUAAAGAGUAAAUCUUGAGUAGAAGUUCUGACAUUUUCUUUCUGUGGCCAGUAGGUUGUCUUGUGCACCGUCGGGCAGCACGCACUCUAAAGACCGCUGACUCAGGAGGUUGGUUCUCAGUCUAAUCUUGAAAAAAAAUGUGGAUGCUUUUGUUGUGCUAUAUGGAGAGAUCCUUUACACAUUUGAUCUGAUUUUCAUGCAAAAUCUCUAGAAGAGAUUUCGAAUUUUUCAGGAGACUUUCUCAGGAGACCUUUUCAGACCUUUCUGAAAUUUCAUAUUCUUUUUUAUAAGUUGCCAAGUCACCCAUUACCAGAUGUUUUCCAGAGCUUCAUGCAUAUCGUUUUUGACAGGCUGUUGUCUCUUUUCUUUUGAUAUUAUAGAUAUGAUUUUAUAAUGUACUUUUACUUUACUAGUCUGCUUACAAUCUUCAUUUGGCCUUAUUAAUGUUAUGUUACCAACAAAAUCAGAAUUAUUUCAAGUUGCUUUAUGCUGAAAUACAUAACAACCUCCACUUUCUUGCUUCAUUAGUAAGUUUAUUAUUAUUUUUUUGUAACAUUUCAACAUCUGAAGAAAUGCUUUUCUUAAUGGGUCUGUUCUGUUUAUCACUUCAUUUAGUACGUAUAUUUUAUUUAUUUAUGCCAGAAAUCUGGGAUUGUGCUGAGGUGCCAUUCUUAGUUGUGUAAAUGAGGGUGGAGACAAGUACAGACAGGUCUCUUUGUGCAGAAACCCGGAGCUCUGAAGAAUUACCAAACCAACAGGAAAGUUAAAAAAAAUACCCAUGAUGUAUGUAGUCUGUUACCUGAGGGUAUGACAAUAUAUUAUUUCUAAAAGGGAAUUGAGAAUUAAUUGCUUAAUCUAUAGUAUUGAAAUGGAGGUUAACCAUAGCUGUAUUUCUUUAGCAGGUACUCAGACUAGAGAAUGGGUUCUAUGGAAAGUAUUUUGUCAAUUACCUUCUUGGUUUUGGGUGAACAAGUACAUGUUUUGUUGUUUUCAAUGCUGCUGGUGUAAAGCCUGAAAACAAGGUGCCUUGUUACUCUUCUUAAGUCAUCAGAACUCUGCUUACUGAAGUCAGUGUUUUAAUCUCAGAAUCUAGAAUUCUUGUGGGUGGCAGUGGAUUAGGCAAGAAAAGAAGGUGUUUUGAUUUCAUUUCUCGUACUUGGUGGAACUUGUUAGUAAAAAGUCAUGUUUUGACCUGUAAACAGAGCAAAUCUGAAAGGUGAGUUGUUGAUGUAGUAUAUAUAUUCCAUUUGCAGCUGCUAGUUUGUUUAAGCUACUUUUCUGAAACAAAAAAAUUGUGAUAGAUUGACAGCUUGCCAGAAAAUAGCAAUUUCUGCUGUUCACAUUUCGCCACUGUGAAAGAUGGAAAUCCAGAGCAUUUCGAGUAAGUGAAGAAAUUCAAGCUGUUGUUGACAUCAUUUAAAAUGAAACCUUUACCAAGGAAAUUCAUUUAUUAUUACAGUAAAUUUGUUGAACUCCUAAUCCUUUGAGUAUAAUGCACAUCAGGAAGUUUUACGAGAUUUAAAAUUUUAUUUUUAAUAUUUUAUUGGGAGACUAGAGCAUUUCUUUCCAAGUCAUUCUGAUUAGUUAGCUGAGUACAUUGUGUGUGUGUGUGUGUGUGUGUGUGUGUACACUGAUGUAUUGUCUCCGUGUGUGUAAAUCUGUUUUUCAGAGGGAACAUAUAUUAUUCAUCCUCUAGGAUGGCUCCUAGGCUAUUUUAUAAUAAAACUUUUAAGAAAUUGGCUGCACUUUGCAAUUGCCACUUUUUAAAAAUUAAUGCUUUGCACAUUUGUUUUUUUAACAUAUAUAGAAUCAUAGGCCUUAAAGACUAAUUGCUUGCCAGCAUUUUAAAAAUACAGUGCUUUAUGUGACAAAUGGUAAACAAAGUCUUCUUAAACUGUUCUCGUAUGUUCAUAUAUUAUUUAGCAAAUAAGGAUGGCUUUUCUUAAAAUUUCUACAUUUACUUUUGUUUUUGUGUAAAACUCUUAUUACGUUGGUUUCUAAGUUUCUCAGAGAGGAGGUUUAUAUUAGAAAUAUUUCUGCAAUACAGAUUUGACCAUGGAUUGAUAUAAUAGUGGAGGAAUUCUGGCAUUAUAGCCUAAUUUAUCUCUUUAAACUGUACACAAUAAGCAUUAGCAGAAACCUCAGAGUAUCUCGGGCUGGAUAUUCUUCUCAACUUUGCCUUGUUUCCCAUCUCAUAAGGGCCCAUUCUGGUUCUUGUCCCUUCCAAGGAUUAUGAGCCAUGCUAGGACAGGCCUGGGAUCUUCUAGACAGGGUAAGGCAGAGGAGGGUUGUCCUGUGGCUGGGCCAGAGCCCUAGCCAAUGGAAUCAUUCAAGGAUGCCUAGAGUUCAGGGGGUGGGAAUGCCAUAUAUUGGUAUUAAAUCGCUUGGCACUUUUGGGGGCACCAUUAUUAGCACUGUUUUGUUUUUAAUAACUGGAAGCACUUAAUGAUUAUUUUGUUUGCUUAAUUUCAACUUAUGGAUAUUGAGGGUCAGGGAAGUAACGUUUAUUUCUCAUUUAUAUUUUCUGGAACUUAAGAGUGGAAAAGGGGUAAAUGGAUUACGGAAUGAGCCAUUCUUCUAGGCUCUGUAAGGCGUGCUCUUUUGGCUAGGUUGCUUUAAAAUAAUUUACAAGCUUUAAUAUUCUGCUUUGUAGAAAUGUACGACUUUUAACAAUUUGCAAUUGAUGGAUUGCACUCAACUUUGUAAACUAUCCAGUUUUAAGUUUCUUUUCUGUUUAAUCAUUGUUGCUUAUUGUCUGUUGUGUAGGGCAUAGUCCCUUCUAAGACAUUUCAUAUUUUUUGUUUUUGAGGGCAGUAUUACCAAUGGUCUUUAUAUGUACAUUACACUCCUUGCUUUUGUGUUAAAGUAGCAUAUUUGAAGAAUUUCCCUGCUCAGUAUCAGUGAAAUUAACUAAGAUGCAUAUAUGUAAAGCUAGAAAUCAAUGCAAUUAGUUUUUGAUUACUCGAGGCCUAUUUAUUCGGUUUGGCCAUUCAGUCUAAUCUAAUCACAGUCAUACCUGUUCCUUCACUUUUAUCUCCUAGCAGUUUUGUUUAUCUUUGUGGGCAGGGAAUAUGAAAUACGAAACUCAGUCCAGACAUUUUGCCAUUGGUUAGCUUUGGUUUGAGGCAAGUAAAAUUUUUGACUAAAAUUUGUUUUUUAGAAUUAUGCCCUUUAUUCACCAAAUAAUCAAGUUGACUAAAAAUAAAAAGUGUAUUUUGAAGAACAAACUGAUAAUUUUCUGUGAGCCCUACUGAAUCUUCAAGUAUGGCUAUCACUUGAAUAUUAAAUGAUUUUAAAUAAUAAACUUAAUUUUCAUCCACGCCUAUAAUUCAGAAGAGAAGCCUAUGUCUUCUGUGGUGUUAACACAGGAAAGGUGUAUUCUUCUGUGUCGGCGUCCUAGUUUGGGAUGUGUGGUGAUAAGGACUUGCCAGGGUGCUUUCCUUAAGCAUAGAUCAACUCAACUGAGAAGACAGUUACUUCUUUUUUUUUAAUUUCCUCUCUUGUUUAUUUUAUUGAAGUCUAUCAUAAUAUCCGAUAUCCACCACUUCUGUAUAAAUAGAAUACUUAUAUGUAAAAUACAAGUGCAUACCUACCCAAAGGAAUGAAUAACUGUUAAAGCAUCAUUAUUAACUUGUCUUACUUUCAGUGUAAUUUACAUUAGGGAGACUUUCAAAGUAUUAAAAUCACUUCUUUUCUUCUUUUUCCUAAAACAAUCAAAAUGAUGGUGAUGGCUAACAUUUAUUAAAACCACAUUAAUUGUUGAUGUAACUAAGAGAAACUGCCAUAUUUUCUAGCUAAGCAGUCUGACUUCAUCUGUUGAGAAACAAAGGGAUGUUGUUUUAAGGCUGACCAGGACCACUGUAGCUAGAAUCUUGAAUUCUAUUUAUAUUUCAGCAAAGAAACUUUGCACCGCAUUUAGGUGGGUGAGGGUGAGGACGCGCCAGCACUUCGAGGGUUUUAAAAUACACCGCUUUUCAAAGAAAAAAACGUAGCUGAUACUCAGUGCGUCUCUAGACAUGGUAAGGGGUUGCUCUGAAUAAACAAUCAGGUGAUUAUUUUUUCUAUCGCUUCAAGUUUUAUGCAAAAAUUUUGUUAAAUUCUGUAAUGGUGAAUAUGCAUCUUAUUAGAAAGAUGAUACAUUAAAAAAACUUUUAUGUAAGAACUGACAGGAAUUUGCUUUGUAUAAUGGCAAGCUGGCUUCAAGAAAGCACUGUAGCAAAUUUAUUAAAGUCCAUAAUUAUAUAGAUAUGUUAAUGGAUAUAUGUGCAACUAGAUACAGACAACAAUUGUAUUUUUUUAAAUAAAUAUUUUUAACAAAAUGA